UAACAAAAUGGGAUUCAAAUCUGACUUGAUCGGAAUUGCAAGAGAAAUUUCAUCACCAUUGAUGACUGCUCUUACAGAAAUUAUCGUUUCUGAAAUGACCGGAAAACCUCUUAAUUUUGAACAUCUUGGAAUUGAUCUAGCUAAAAGAUGAUUUGUCAAUUUGUCUUUUUGGAUGCUUCAGAAAACUAAACAGACUACCAAGCAAUCAGAUGGACAUACAGAAGAGCAUAAAGAAGAGCAUAAAGAAGAGCUUAUGAUAGAUUGAGCUCCUAAACAUGAAAAUUCAGAUGAUAUUUUAAAAUGCCCACUUUCAGGUUCUCAAAUAAAAUCUCCAGUGAUUUCACCUGAAAACAAUAUUUACGAUGAACAAUCAGUUAAAGUUUACUUAGAAGAGUCAAAAAUAAUCGAAGAGAAUGGCAAAAGCCUAAUCUUAUCAGACUUCAAACCUUUAACCCUAAAAACUAUGAACAAACUCAGAAACUCUGUAUCCCAAAUCGACCAGAGUGGCUGGAGCGACCUCGGACACCCACCCAAAAAGAACAUCAUAAAACUCGUAAAGCAUGACUACAUCCCUGAAGUUCUAAAAACAGCCACUAUUACCCGUCCUGAAGAGCUCAUUGAGGAAAAAUACGAAGAAAUCCCACUUGGAGAAUCUCUGAUUGAAUAUGUUGUGAUUUCGAAAAUUGAUGAAGAAUAAUUUAAUGAUUUUAAGGUUUUGU